AUGGCAUACACAACGAACACCAAUCGUGGUGAAGAUGAUUGCUCAUCCUCAUUUGCCUUAUUUCCUCAACUACCCCAGGAGCCAUAUAUUCCUCCAACUCAAUUUCAGCAAAGGGACGCCCAUAUUUCCGAGGCUGAUAUUGUCAAUUGCAAGGUUGAGAGACUAGAUUCUCUGCUCCAGAUUGCGUGGACAAUUGUUAUUUCCAAUUUCACAAACGUAGAUGACGUUCUGUUUGGUCUGGCUUAUCAUGGACGGCGUACGGAUACAAACCAGCAAGCGAUUAUGCCUUUUCGACUCCAGUUUCAACGUGAGGCUACGUUAGCACAACUUCUCGCUGCAGCAAAAACCCGCUGUCAAGAGCUGGCCCGAUUCGAGCAUAUGGGCCAUGAAAAGUUUAGCGUUCUCAACCCGGAUACCGUAGCAAUCGGCAAAUUUCGAAAUCUACUAGUCUUAAAGGACAGAGAUAGUGCUGACCAGACAAAUCUAACAUCUUUUCCUCCCACAUAUAGCCAGAGAUAUCCACUCAGCAUAAGCUGUGUGUUUGACAGCCAUUCUCUGGAUAUACAUGCCUGCGCUGACCCUGCUGUCAUUAGCUCUGAUUUUCUUCAGAUCAUGCUACUGCAGUUCACUGACGUGUUGCGCACUGCUUUUCAAAACCCUCAAUCCCAUAUUAGAGACCUGUUAAGUUUGGGCACAGAAGGAAGAGAAAUGUUAAUAGAGUGGGAUAAAAGUUUUCGACACUCAGAUGAGACCGAAAUACCCAUUCAUGAGGCCAUUGAGGCUAGAAUCUUAGUCACACCAUCCGCACCAGCGGUCUGUGCCUGGGAUGGGGAUCUCACCUUUCAAGAGUUAAACCAAUGGGCGUCACAUAUUGCUAAUCUUCUGGUAAACGUUGGAGUGCGUCCCGGAAAAUUUGUCGGAAUCCAUAUGUUCAAAUCCAGAAUGGCAGUCGUAGCCAUAUUGGGAAUUAUCAAAGCUGGAGGAGCAUUUGUGUUCCUUCCUCCAUCUAUACCCAAGGCUCGUUUGAUUAAGAUGUGCCAAAUCACUGGGAUGCAUUCGAUUUUAUCUAUAGGAGACCUUGCGGUUGCAGCACGCGAUUUUGGCCCUCUGCUGUUAGAUAUAUCUACCAAUAAAGACGGAACAUUCCACUAUAACGGAUCCAUCUUCACAAUGUACGAUAUACCGUCGACUCUAUCGGUAGAAUCGAAUUCUAAUGAUCCACUAUAUGCUGUCUUUACUUCUGGAUCACUCGGUGAGCCAAAAUGUGUGGUUGUCAGUCGAAAAUCCUUUGGUCCUGGGGCGAGAAAUGUAUGUGAUCGAACCCACUUGGGGCCUGGGUCUCGGGUGCUUCAAUUUUGCUCUUAUGCCUUUGUGGUUACUGUGUUUGAGCACUUGAUAACUUUAUCUGCGGGUGCUUGUCUCUGUAUCCCGUCUGAAAUCCAAGUCCAAAGCGACCUGGAGGGGGCCAUAUCCUGCAUGAACGUGAACUGGGCAGUCUUGACUCCCUCAGUUGCCAGGAGUCUUUCACCCUGGAAUAUCCCGAAUCUAAAAAGGCUGCUUCUAGCCGGAGAAGAGGUUACAAGGGAGGACAGAGAUCAUUGGGAAAAAUAUGUUGUGCUUUAUAGUUUAUACGGACAAGCAGAAGGCGCCAGUACAUACUUUCUAGCAGAGCUUUCCGGGUCAUCGUUGUGCCAGGUGGGCGACCUUGGGAAGAUGAGCUGGGGCACAUUUUGGAUUGUGGAUCCGGAAGACCACGAACGUCUUAGACCUAUAGGAACUGAAGGAGAGCUCAUGUUUGAAAGCUCGACAUUGAGUCAAGGCUAUCUAAACGACUCCAAAAAAACGCUUCUUGCGUUUGUCAAACGUCCUCGGUGGCUUUGUCAAAUGGGGCUUGACAGCAAUCCAUCGCGGUAUUUGCUCACAGGAGAUUUAGUACGGGUUCGAGAUUUGCAUGGGUCGGUACAGUUUCUCGGCAGGAAAGGAACCAGAACAAAGAUUCGUGGCCAGAGGGUAGAAUUAGGGGAGGUCGAAUGUCUUCUGCGUCGCUAUUACGAAGGUGCGAAGUCAACUAUAGCUGAUGUGAUCAGCAUUACUAUGAGAAACAAUGAGAAGCAAUCUCCAAACUUAGUUGCAUUUGUCUUCAAUAAACUCUCCCAGGAGAACCCUGGGCCGGGGACGGUGACGGAGGGGAUGUUCACGCCCCCAUCUCUUGAACAUCGCCUUCGAGCACGGAAGGCUACUCAAGAGCUACGACGAAUUCUCCCAUCGUAUAUGAUUCCCAGUGCCAUCCUUCCGCUGGAAUAUCUACCCAAAACCCUGACGGGUAAAAUUAACCGCAGAAUUUUGCGUCAAGCGGCAUCAAGCCUGACCUGGGGCGACCUGAUGCCUUAUCGUUUUGAAAAACCAACCUAUAUAGAGCCCAGGACGACAGAUGAGAGGAUAUUGCAGUCCAUUUGUGUGGAGUUAUUUGCCAUACCACAUUCUGAAGUGAGCAUCGAGGACAAUUUUUUCAAUCUCGGAGGCGAUUCUUUAAUUGCACGUCAACUCGUGUCGAAGGCUCGCUUACAGGGAUUUCAAUUCACCCUUGCCCAGGUCUUCGAAGAGCCUACUUUAGCUUCCUUAGUCCAGUGUGGUCGGGUGCAAGAUGCGCAGGUAGUCAAAGUUUCCUCACUUUCCAAAACAGACCCGUUUCGCCCUCUUUUCAACGACUUCCUCGCAGAAUUGCCUCCAGACCAGGUUAUUGGCGAUAUCGAGGAUAUUUUUCCAGCUCUGGAAAUGCAAGCCAUGUGCGUUGAUCAAAACGUGAUAGACUAUUUUCCUUUUGAGAUAAAUGGUCCUUUAGACAAACAUCAACUGCGCAUCGCAUGUGAGACUGUUGUUAGAAAUAAUGCCAGUUUGCGCUCAAGAUUUCUGCAAUUUCGUGGGCAGGUAGUUCAAGUGGUCCUUCGGCACACUUCUAUUUCUGUCGAGGAAGAGCCUGGACUUCAAGCCACCCCAAAGCGUGAUCCCACUCUCUUUGUGCGAUCGUACUGCUUGGCGGAUAAGGCUCGUCUUAUGCCAAUGGAUCAGCCUGUAGUAGGCUUUAUGCUUUUUCCAAUAUCAAAUCUCAAACACAUUUUUGUCGUUCGAUUAACACAUGCCCAGUACGACGGUGUAUGCCUGCGUUCUCUCGGAGCUCAGAUUAGCGCAGCAUAUGGUAAUCAGCCGUUCCACAUCAGUAUUGACUUUCCUCAGUAUCGCCGCGAAUGCGAGCAACUAAGGACUCCGGAAGCUCUAGGUUUCUGGAGAACCCUGCUAGCCGGCGCGGAAGUUAGUCGGUUGCCGUGUUGUCCGGGACAGGAAGGAGACGGGUGCGAUAUUUAUGCUGGAGAAUGUCGGUCACCCCCACCUCCAAUUGGGAUUACAAUGGCUACUGCAAUCAAAGCCGCUUGGUCAUAUAUUUUAUACCGUGAAACCGGACAGAAAGAUGUGGUGUUUGGACAGAUAGUAGAUGGGCGUGCUGUCAGCAUCCAGGGCGCAGAAGAUACAAUAGGAAUGUGUCUCAACACAAUACCAGUGCGAGUCAACUACAAAGAAAAGUCCGGCACAGUUACUGAUCUGUUCCGUCAAAUUCAGCACCAACACGUUCAGGCAAUAGAGUUUGAGACGGUCGGCUGGAAAGAUAUAGCAGCCCAGUGCGACUCAUGGCCCAAAGACACCGACUUAGAUUCUGUGGUUCUCCACGAAAAUUUCGGUGGCCUCCCAAGCCUUACUCUUGGACAGGCAACCGGUAAGUCACUGGACCCAAUUUUCACAGUGCCUGGGCGGGAACGACAUUGCCUCGUCACAUGGCCCGAGUCGGAGAAUCUAAAGACCUAUUUAGUGGCCAGGGCUGGAAAGCUGGAUAAGGCGUAUGCCGAGCGCCUCCUCGAAGACUUUCAUCAAACCUUGCUAAGGUUUCUGGACUCUCCAGAAUCCCAAUUAUAA